AUGAAGACUUUAAGCUGGAAUCUCCGUGGGCUUGGGAACCCACGGAGUAUUCGUACUUUUCGUGAUUUGAUUACGAGAGAAGUUCCUGACAUUCUUUUUCUUCAAGAAACAAGAAUGAAGUCUCAGCAACUUGAAUUUUGUAAGUUAAAAUUGGGUUUUCGUAAUUGUUUUGGUGUUGACAGUGUGGGUCGUAGCGGUGGUCUUGCUUUGUUAUGGAAAGAUGAAAUUAAUGUGUCUAUUGUUAAUUUCUCCAAUAAUCAUGUACAUGCUAUUGUUGUGAAUGAUGAUGGGGGGAAAUGGUUGUUAACAGGGGUGUAUGGGCAUCCAGAUAGCAAUUUGCGAUGUGAAGUGUGGAGUUUGUUAAAGGCUUUGGGUCGUGGGGUAAAUUCACCGUGGUUGGUUUUUGGGGAUUUCAAUGAAAUCCUCACAAAUUUUGAGAAGUAUGGGGGUAAUUUAAGGUGUGAAAAUCAAAUGAGGGAGUUUCGGGAGGUGUUAGCUUGUUGUGAGCUUAGGGAUUUGGGGUAUGUCGGUCCUUGUUAUACUUGGAGUAAUAGGAGGGAAAGAAGAAAGGGUAGAAGAUUGCUUAGGUUUGAAGCCAUUUGGGUGGGGGAAAAAGAGUGUUCAUCCAUUAUUGAGAAGGUUUGGCAACAAGUAGAGGGGUCUGCAUCUUUGAUUUGUGUUAUUGAGGGGAUUUCAGCCUGUGCAAUAGAUUUGGGGAAGUGGAAUCAAAAUUCUUUUGGACAUGUUCAGAAGGAAUUAACCAGUGCAAACAGGAGGCUGAAGUUUUUGCAAGAGAGUGAUCCAUAUCUUACCAUAUUGCAUGAGCAUAGCAAAGCUAGGGAAGAGGUUCAAAAGUGGCUUCAGAGAGAUGAAUUAAUGUGGAAACAGAGAUCUCGGGUGUUGUGGCUUAGAGAGGGAGAUAGUAACUCAAAGUUUUUUCAUUCAAAGGCUUCUACUCGAAGAAGGAGGAACAACAUUGUGCAGUUGCAAGAUGACUCUGGAAAUUGGUUUAAAGGAGCUGAGACGGAUAGGUUAAUUACUAAUUAUUUCAGUAGUUUAUUCUCAACUGCAGAACAAGUGGAUUUGGGGGAGAUUGUCUCUGGAAUAGAGGCUAAAGUCACUGCUGAGAUGAAUGUUGACUUGUUAAAACCCUAUGUGGCUGAGGAAGUGGCAUUAGCACUCAAACAGAUGCACCCUUCGAAAGCUCCUGGCCCAGAUGGGAUGUCACCAGUUUUCUUCCAGAAGUAUUGGCCUAUCAUAGGUAAAUCUGUUACUAAUUCUGUACUCUUAGCUUUGAAUACUAGGGAAUUUCCUAGGAGGUUAAAUCAUACUUUUAUCACUUUAAUUCCUAAGAAAACUUCUCCCUCAAAAGUAGCAAAUUUUAGACCUAUUAGUCUUUGCAAUGUACUUUACAAGCUUCUAUCAAAAGUCAUUACAAAUAGACUAAAAAAAGUACUGCCUGAUGUAAUUUCAGAUUCUCAGUGUGCAUUUGUUCCCGGUAGACAAAUCUCUGAUAAUGUACUCAUAGCCUAUGAGUUGCUACAUUUUCUGAGAUAUAAGAGAAUUGGAAGAAAGGGAUUUAUGUCCCAUAAACUUGACAUGAGCAAGGCUUAUGAUAGAGUGGAAUGGGUGUUUCUGAAAAAAAUGAUGGAGGCUCUUGGUUUUGCUAGUGGCCUGAUACAUAUAGUGAUGAAGUGUGUGUGCACAGUUUCUUUUUCAGUUCUUGUAAAUGGGAGUCCAAAAGGUUAUAUAAUUCCAAGUAGAGGAAUAAGGCAAGGAGACCCAUUAUCUCCUUACUUGUUUCUUUUGUGUACUGAAGGCCUUAUUUCUCUAUUAAAGCGAACUGUUGGGAGGGAGUUACAAGUUUUUGAUGUUUCUAAUAAGAAGAUACAUAGAGUUGUGUCUUGGAAUCCUCCUCCUAUUGGAUUUUUGAAGUUGAAUGUUGAUGAAGCUAUGUUUGGAGAUCAAAAUUCUGCAGGGGUAGGGGUAAUUCUUAGAGAUCAUAAUGGUGAUGUUGUAGUGGCUUGUAGCAAAUCUGAAAGGAAAGUCUCUUAUGCGGAAUUUAUUGAGGCAAUAGCUUUGUUACGGGGUUUACAACUAUGUGCUCAAUGGGGAGUCCCAAAAGUGUUAUUAGAAACUGAUUGUUUGAUACUUGUGCAUGCUUUGAAUGAUAUGGCUGAAUUUCUAACAAACUUUAAUUUUAUUUCACAAGAUAUUCGUAGACUCAUGAGGGGUUUCUAA